CCGGACGGUCGGCGAGCGUGCGCGGCUUGUAGACGGGUGGACUGCGAGAGCGCUGCGGGUCGCAGUCGGCGUGGACACCUGCGGCCCACGGAGGGGACCUGGCUCGAAGACCUCCCCUGCCUCAGGAUGGGACCCUGGCUCCUACCCUGAUUUCUGUGAACCAGCCAGUGACAGCUUCCUGUUGGGGAUGCCUGGGAACCAGCAGCAAUCAGAGUCUUUGGAGAUGGACUCUGACAUGUCACCAAGCUGCAGGCUCAGUGACUUGAGCAGAGGUGGCAGUCUGGAGAGCCGGAGCAGCAGCUCUCGGUCCAGAAGCUUCACCCUGGAUGACGAGAGCCUGAAGCACCUCACACACGAGGAAAAGGACGUCAUCCUGUUCUUUGAAGAGACCCUCGAUUCCCUGGAAUAUGACUUUGAUGAGCCAGCCCUGUGUGACAGUGGCAUCCAUUGCCACUCUCCACAGUCUCUGCAAGAGAGCCCUUCCAGUCACUCUGAACCGGAAGAUGUCAUCGAUUUAGUACAACCAGGACCUGUGUCUAAGGAAGCUGAGAGCCUUGCAGAUGUGCCUCAAGUAGCAGGGGCCCCAUCUGCUACAAAGCAGGGCACAACUGUUCCUGAAGGUGGGAAGCAAGCCGCUGAGAAUUCCCUGCCUCCACCAGACUCCAGCGAUCCCGAGGCGUUUCCUCUGCUGCCCUCCCUGCCUGUCUCUGCACCCUCUGCCCCCCGAAAGGAUCUGAUACCCCCCUCUCCUCCAGCAGAGCAUCCCAAACUACCCCGCUCGGUGCCCACUCCUCUGGUGAUUGCUCAGAAAAUUUCUGAGAAGUUGUCCGGAAACGAAGCCCUGUCCCCCACCUCCCCAUCGAAGGAGGGCAGGCCUGGGGAAUGGAGGACGUCGACUUCUGUAGCCUCUCGAAAUGGGGACCAGGUUGGCGUGUGGCACCGACACACGACCCAGCCAGCACCCAAGAUCCACCGCUUCCCCAGUAACAUAAGCGUGACCAACAGCUCCGGGAAGGACUUCAACAAGACCAUCUCCAAGGCUGCUGUCAACGUGCAGGAGCGGAAGGCCCAGGUCCUGGCCAACAUCAAUGGCAUGUCCUUCAUCGCCGCGGGCGACAAGUCAUCGGAAGAGCGGUGGCAAAAGGCAGAGGAGCAGAGGGGCGGCUCUGCGGACGGGGGACGCGCCCAGGGCAGGGUGGGCAUGGCCGGGGAGCCCGGGGGACCGCGUACAGGAGGCCCAGCCAGGGCGCAGCAGUCCCGGGCUGUGCAGACGGAGCAGCCGCCGCUGGUCAACGGCUUCCAGAGUGUGCACGAGGCCCUGCGCAGCAACGAACCCAGCGUCUUCGUCCCCACCAGCAAGACCAUCACCUUCCGGCCAGACCCGGCUAUAGCGGGCAAGCUGGCACGCCAGAACGCCAGCCGCAGUCUGUACGAACCGCGCCUGGAUGGCCCCCAGGACGCUCGCAAACGCACAGGCUCGCUCCCCCGGGCUGCGGGCUUCCGGCCACAGGGCAUCACAGUGCAGUUCGCCGGCCGCGGCUCCACCGAAGAAGCACGACGUGAGGCCCUGCGCAAACUUGGGCUGCUGAAGGAGAACUUGUGAGGGCCAUGGGUGGGACUGCCGGAGUGACUGGGUAGACCUUGCAUGCCCACUGAGUGUCCGGUUCUAUAAGCACGGGAGCUGGGCAGCACGAGGUGCUGGAUGUUCGGGGAAGAUGUAUCUGCCCCAUCCCUUGUGUCCAGUGCAGCGUGGAGUCAGAGGUCAACGGAGCAAGGACCAGACCCCGGAGCUGCCCUCUUCCUUUCCUGGGGUCACAGAGUAACCUUUAGGACCUGUGGGCUUCCAUGGAUGCAGAUGACCUAUGGCUGACAUACGUGAGGACAGCCUUGACUUGACUUGGUCUAGGAUCUCUCAUCUAGACUCUUGUCCCAUGCACAGGACUUGAAAGCCAGUGUAGCCCUGACGUUCAGGAUUCCCCUUCCUUGAAAAUAAAAAAGAAAUGCUUGUUAACUUUUUCUAGUGUCAAUGUACACUUUGAAGUCUAGCUGCUUGUGUGUUUGUUUCUGAAGGGCGGAAGAUGAUGGGUACUCUACCGAUCCUGGUUUGUUUCUUGACACAAUAUGGUUUGCCCCAUUUUCUUAACUGAAAAUCUGAGUGAAUCGCUUAGAGUAAAAGUUACUGUAAUUUUGUGAGAGUAAAACAGGGGGUCCAGUGUGGAAAAGUGGAAAAGGUGGUAAUUUUGAGAAAGCAAAUCUCAUGCUACCCUGGGAUGUGUGUGUGUGAGUGUGUUAUGUAUAAAUAUAUGUACCUAUGCUAACAUGUAUGCAUGCACAUUUAUUAGUAUACAAGUAUCUUCUUCUGAAGACACCAUUAUCUAACUACAGAAUAUGAGGACUUCCUUCUGUCUCACACACAUACAAACCUCAGCAUGUGAUGGGGCACUAAGAAUUCUUCCUAUUAUGGAAGUCAGCUAAGGACACAUGAACCCCAAGUACCUUUUCCUCAACAGUAUGUUCUGUUCCCAAUUAAAGUAAUUUUUCCUGCUUCCAAAUAAGCAAGAUGGUUCCUGGUUUUACUUAAGAGCAUUUUCCAUUUACAGAAAAAUUAAAAUCUUCUUUGUCACCUCACCAGUUUUGUGUUGCAAGGUAGCUAGUAGACCGAUGGGUACAACCUGAUUGGUUAUGUUCAUGAGCAACAUCUCAGGACUCUUCAAAAGAAGACUAUGAAGUCAAGUUGUGCAGUGUGAAAAGUUUUCUUUUCUCCCAGACUUUGUCUUACAGAGUUGUGGCCACAAGUGUUAUUAUCAAAACUACUUAAGGCUGGAGUCUCAAACCUCUAAAAAUAGAUGGGGAAGGGCUGGCCUGAUAGCCACACCCACAAGUCCUCGGCGCUCCUUUACAGAGCCCGUUUCUUUUCCAGUCGAGUAUUACUGAGUCUCAUACUCGAAACAAGCUUUUGAAGGCUGUUAGAGGCCAUUUUCACAGUACUGUUACCUUGUGAGUUAUGAAUCAUUAUGUUUUGUUUCUUCAGAACCACGGUCCAGCAACUCGCCCAGCUUUCGUUUUCCUGAAGUCAUCUCGAACAUUUUUUAAUCUUAAUUUAAAUAAGGACUUUAAACUUUUAAAAGUACCUUUAAUUUUGUUCUUACUUAUGAUUGAUUUGCUGACAGGAGCCAGGAGGUUUCUCUUUGACAAAGUGAGAUGCCAUACACAGUGUUUAGUAGUUGAAGGUCUCAAUACAGCUGUUACAGAUAGCCUUUGUUGAGGAUUUUCAUGGGACUUUAUUGUGAAUAGAAUGAGUCUGACUGUAUACUAAUAUAUUCUUGCAAUGGCAUUUUUGAAAAACAAAUUUUUAUCUUACCUAUAAAUAACUGUAUUACAUUAUGUGUUAUUAUUUGCUUUUAAAGGGUUAUAUAGUUUUCUUCUGUUUAUUCAUGUUUUCUUUCUAUUUAAUCCAUAAUUAUAUUGACUGUUACUUUAAAUGUUCCUUGUGUCCAAAGCCCUAAUGAUUAAAGCCCCAUUUUUGUGAGUGAUGGCCCUUCUGUGUGUCUGAAAAGCAUUAUUUUCCUUGCAGUUGUUAUGUGAUGUGACAUUCUUAAAUGACAUCUAGUUCCUAGUGCUGAAAGACCAUAUUUCAAAGCAAGAUUGUAGUGAAAAGAAAAUGCAGAUACGAAGUUCCCGGUUUCCCCUCAGGUGGCAUUUAUAAACGGCUCUUCAUUUUUAGGAAACUCUUAUCAUACUAUGUAAAAGUCAGAAAAACAAAACAAUUCCUCCUUUCCUCCGCUGAUGGUUCUUUACCCAGAGUCUCGCAGCCACAGCCCUACCUAGCAGUGCCUGGGAGAAGCAUCUGCCCGGUUCUUGCCCCCUCUCUGCCAUAUCUGCACUCUCCCUGGUGUGUGUGCUCAGCCUCACAAAACAGGCAGACGCUUCGCUGUUUCCUCACUAAGUUACAUCCUCUUGUAAUGCUGCCUGAGGAGAAAGGGCAGAGUCACACUAGGGGAUGCUACCCACCAGACAUGCCAAGGCCCCUGCCCUGCACAGUGGUGAUCAUGGAGCCCUCAGCCUUCAGGAGGCGUACAGGAAGGCAGGGCCACAGAAGCAGAUUUCUGACUAGAAUUCUUUGCACACACUGCUAGCAGGGAGCAGGGUAGGACCUCAUUAGGGCUAGCCUUCAUGGAAGAGCUUGGUGGAGUUGAUUAACGAGGCCCACGGAACCCUAGUAUCAGUUCAGAACAAAACAAAGGCAAGUGCAUUCUUCCCAAACCCGCAGGGCUUUGGCCGUGGCGAUAGCACCUUUCCCAGGAUUUAGUGGCAACUUUUAGUGGUAGGUGAUAUCAGCUCUUGAACAUGUAUUAAAGAGGAAAAAAGGGAAGAUAAAUAUGACAACGAUUUACUCUUAUCAAAAAAAAUGUGUUUCUGCUACACAGCUGUUUUCCUAGCUGAUCCAUGUACAAUGAGGCAUUGUUUCUCUCUGGAUACUUCAUUGGUGUGACCUGGCAAGGUUAAUAAACUUCGUUUUGCCCUAA